CUUAUCAUGGACCCAGUACGGAGUACACGUACCUGCCUUGUAAACUGCCAACGAACCUGUCCAACCCGACUGAAUCGACUUGGAAACACAGCUGGUCUUUCAAGUGCGCGUGUGAUCCGGAGAUAUCGACUGCACACGCUACAUAGCGAGUGAUUUUCCGCCUUUAAAUCACUCGCCACAUCUCGCCAUAUCUUUCGAUCUCUGUGCCUCGUCACGAAACUCACUCGACAAGUUUUCUCAAGCUCGAGUUCCGCGAUUCCAUCUUGCGAUACUCUCCCAUCAACUUCAUCAACAUGGAACCUCGUGCGCGCGCCGGCAAAAAUGUCGGCAAGAUGAACUUUGGCCACAACGAGCUAGCCCAGCUCCUCUACGGCCACGGGGACGUGCGCGCGCCGCUCAACGAGACGGUGCGGGUGCUCGACGAGAUCCUGACCGAGUUCAUCCAGGGCGUCAGCUUCGAGGCGUCGCGCGCGGCGCAGCACGCCGGGCGGCAGAAGGUCAAGUUCGAGGACUUCGAGUUCGCGAUGCGCCGCAACCCGCACUACAUGGGCAAGAUCCAGGAGGUGUUCGAGAAGAAGAAGGAGAUCGAGGCGGCGCGCAAGAACUUCAGCAUCGAGGACCAGCUCAUGAGGGACACCGACAAGCAAGAGAAAGCCGCCGAGAAGGAUAAGGACCGUGCCGGUGCCGGCGGGGGAGCCAAGAGGGGACGCAAGUCGAUGUCGUCGCAGAUGAUGGUUGGGGAGGAGGAUCUGGAGGACGGAGAUGACGACCUGGAGGAUGAUGGCAGUGCAGCGAGGAAGAACUAAAGCGGUUGGGUGUCUUGGGUUU